CGCCGUAGCCGGCUUCGAACGGCAAGAUGGCACGCCCAGCAAUCAGCCUUGUCUUAGGUAAAGGUAACUUUCAUUUCUUCGAUCUCGUCUUUGCGGAAAGAAUAUAAUUGCUGGCAAUGUUUCUCUUGUCCUGACUUUACUGGCCUGGUGCCGUCCGCACUUCUCCAUUCGCUGAUUCUCCCCCGGAACCAUUUCAUUCUUUCCACAAACCCAGCCUAUCGCUCACGGAAGUGCGAGGCACACGGGCUUCCAUCGUACCGGAAAGGCCUGUCGAAGCUACCACAUAUUGCUCGCGAAUCAAAACGGCUUGAUUACCAUCAUUCCUGCCAAGCUUUCCCAGCUUACAUUUCAAGUUUUACUCAUUGGGCAAGACCUGAGCCCAGCAUGCCGUUCCUAAAAAGGUCCAGGUCGCACAUGGUUCAACACGAGGUGCGAGGCCCUGGUACGGUGGAGCAUGGACUGCUCGGCACAACACGACCAUACGAUGCGACUCCGACAACCGCGCUCUCGCGCAAUGAGCUAGUGCAGCAAGUACCAGCAAAAAGUCGCUCGCAGCGCCGGACAUCUCUCUUUGGUCGUCCGAAGUCUGCAGACGAACGAAAGAGCAUCGACUCUCGACCACGGACCGGAAGCAAGGUAGCAGGGAUUCGCGUUAAGAUGUUGUCUUCCAUGGUCGAGACUAUAGACAUCUCUACUGGAGGCGAUACCUUCCGCUUCCCAACGCCGUCACCUCGGCUGCAACCACAUAAGAGCCAAGCUACUGAAGUCGCACCCUCGCCUUUGCGCAUGGCUUCAGGAUCGCCAAGGAUUGGGAUUGCCAUAGGAUCACCAUCCCAGGUGCCCCCAACCUGGGGACGGUCGUAUACUACGGAUCGAAUAGUCGACAGAUUGCCACCCACAGCGAUGCUACAACGGCGUAAUACCGAAAUGACUGCGAUCCCUCAGUACAAUGUCUCUUGCGAGCAUCCGAAGCCGCCGGAACUGAGGAGGAAAAAGUCCAGCUGGAAGACUUUCGGUGCGCUGUUCCAGAAGAAGCCCGCCACAACCUCAGCUUCGGAGCCCUUCUAUAAAGUUCAGUUACCGGUCCAGCCUGUUGCGCGUCCGCUCAUUGACACGCCGUCUCCUUCUCCUGGGCCGGCACGUAGCCCGGGAUCCAUAAAUGCACAUCACAAACGAACGCCCUCGAUUACACGCGGAAUAGCGCGUUUCGAAGCACGGGCGGAGGCGGACAGGCAGUCGUUUUGGCCGAACAUUGAGAGCAAGAUGCAUCAGUCUCCAAGGGCUAGUCAGCAGGUAGUUAAUCCGCAGACGGCGACGGUAGAUCACGCAAAUCCCACUACCAACGUCCAGGUGGCUGGAACCAUGAAGCCAACAACGUCAUGCAGCGCGACUACAUCAACGCAUCAAUCGGUUCCGCGAGCUGUUCCGACGACACCGAAGCUGGAUCUUGACAUCCCGAACGGCGAACUGGAGCGCUACAGUGUCAUGUUCGAAAAGCUGCUGGAGCCCAAGAAACAGAGUAUACUGGAACGGAGACAGAGCAAGAUUAGGCGAAUACCCACGGUACAGCACAAAGAGCAAGCCAUCACCACAACCAUUGCAGAAGCAACUUGCGAAUCCAGUCCAGUCGAGUUGCGGGUGGAUAGUGCACGCGCCAUGCUGCCAUUGCAACGAAGUGCUACAUCGCCGCACCUGAAGAACGUGCCAUCUUUGCGCAUUAAUGUCUUCGACAAGAAUGGCUUACCGAAGCAAAUCGCGCCAACAACGCAGCGUCCGCGUUUGAUGCAGCGUUCGAAGACGGCGCCGUCUGGCGCGGUUUCACCCAUCGCUCGGAACUUCAGUCGAAAGCGGGUGACUGACGGCCACGCAGCGACGAACCCAGACGUCUCUCCCGCAUUGCGAGCCCCAACAGACGACAUUUCACUGCCACCGACGCCGGAUACCUUUCAGAGUGUACAAGAGACUAGCGCGCAGAACGAUCGCGUCUUAACAUCAUUGCACGACUCGGCUCUACGCGUGCCCCGCUCAGCCGCCGCAACGCGCAAAGAGCCUGGCACGUCCGCAGCUGCUGCUCAGCUGUCCCCACGAAGCGUGUCGGGACAGGGCGGUAACCCGCUCUACCCGCGGGUCAGGUCGCCGGAGGAUCUCGAGCGGCAGAUCAUGCAGGUGAGCGUCGCUAGACAAGUUAGCGUCAACAAGGCACGGAGCCGAGUGCAGAGAGCGGUGGAGAGUAAGCAGCCUUUGCGACCUAGAGUGGUAGAGUUGCAGAAGAAUCGGCAAAGUACGCAUGUGGUGGUGAUUGAAGGGGGUGAAUGUUGAGAUUAUUUGGAAGCUGGCGUUCUCCCAGACUUGGAUUGAAGUUAAUGUUACAGCAGUAGUGGACCCGGCUGGACUGCUGCAGUGAGCUUGAAGCCAUAUACAUAUGUCAUAAAUUAAUCCGUUCACGCCAUGAG